UUCCAGCAAUGGCGGCCUACCUCCCCCUCGCCGUCCUCGUGGCCCUCCUCGCCGCCACCGGCGCCAGCGCCCACGGCUACAGCCAGACCCCCUCGCCGACGCCUGCACCGGCUGCCAAGUGCGACAAGGUGAUGCUCAAGGUGGAGGGCAUGGUGUACUGCCAGAGCUGCACGCACCGGAACUCAUGGUGCCUCGACGGCGCGACGCCGCUGCCGGGGGCGAAGGUGACGGUCACCUGCCGCGACGCCAAGAACCGCGUCAUGGCCUCGCGGACGCCCGUGGCCGACGGCAAGGGCUACUUCCUCGCCGAGUUCGACGUCGCCGAGAAGGCCGACUACUAUAAGGGGGACCCCGCCAAGGCCUGCUUCGUGCGCCUGCUCGCGUCGCCGGACCGCAAGUGCGACGACCUCACCAACGUCAACUACGGCAUCGAGGGCGCGCCGCUCCGCCACGAGGGCAAGCGGUGGUCCGGCCAGGGGUACGAGAACGUCGUGUGCGCCGCCGGCCCGCUCUCCUUCAAGCCGGACACCUGCGCGCCCAGGGGCCACUACUGAUGAUCGUUUUUUUGAUUUUUUUUAGUAUUAUCUAAUCUAAGCAUCAUAGCCCAAUUUCAUCAUUUCAAAUAUGGAGUUGAUAACCACGCAUACUAUGUGGUCGCUGAUGAUUAACUUCGUUAUUUUGAAGUGCAUGUGUGUACGCGCGUGCGUGCGUGCGACAAAGCUUAUAUGCGCCAGGCACGGCUGCUUUGGGUCUCGGACCUUGUAUAUUCUGUCUUUUUUAUUUUCUCCUACAAAACUUCUAUUGUAUCCAUCAUCAAUC